ACACGUCAGGCACACACGGCAGAUACGAUGAGAGCACUCGUGGUGGUAGCCAUCCUGGCCGCGGCCAUGGCCGCCACGGCGCACGGCGAGGAGAGCGUGUCCUCCAUCGUCUCGCGCUCGCUCUUCGACCGCAUGCUGCUGCACCGCAACGAAGGCGCGUGCCAGGCCAAGGGGUUCUACACCUACGACGCCUUCAUCGCCGCCGCAAACUCCUUCAGGGGAUUCGGCACCACGGGUAACGCCGACGUGCGGAAGCGUGAGGUGGCGGCCUUCCUCGCCCAGACCUCCCAUGAGACCACGGGUGGGUGGGCCACGGCACCGGACGGGGCCUACGCAUGGGGUUACUGCUUCAAGCAGGAGCGUGGGGUCACCUCUGACUUUUGCACCCCGAGCGCGCAGUGGCCCUGCGUGCCCGGGAAGAGGUACUAUGGCCGAGGGCCCAUCCAUCUCUCUCACAACUAUAAUUACGGUCCCGCGGGCAAGGCCAUCGGGGUGGACCUUCUGCGCAACCCGGACCUGGUUGCCACGGACCCAACGGUAUCGUUUAAGACGGCGUUGUGGUUUUGGAUGACGGCCCAGGCGCCCAAGCCUUCGGCACAUGCGGUGGCUACAGGUCAGUGGAAGCCAUCGGCGGCGGACCGGACCGCCGGGAGGGUGCCCGGGUUCGGCGUGAUCACCAACAUCGUCAACGGCGGGGUCGAGUGCGGCCACGGACAGGACAUCCGUGUUGCCGACCGGAUUGGGUUCUACAAGCGCUACUGCGACAUCCUCGGCGUCUCCUACGGCGACAGCCUCGACUGCUACAACCAGAGACCGUUUGCUUAACUUUUAUUCAGUCAGUUAUGUAAUAUAAUCGUGCUCAUGCACACACCCGCGGUUCAAUAAAAACACCUGUGUUGUUAUGCGUGGACGUGUGAGCUUACACUUCCACACACAAUAAGAGGUUCCUGGCCUAGUUGGCCCCUCUCC